AUGCCAGUCCUGUACAUCGUUUCAACCCCAAUAGGCAAUCUCGAGGACAUCACGCUGCGCGCCUUGCGCGUGCUUCGCGAAGUCGGCAUGAUUGCCGCUGAGGACACGCGCGUUACCCGCAAGCUUCUCAGCCACUAUGAUAUACACUCGCGUCUGACCAGUUUCAACGAGCACAACCAGUCAGCGCGUCUGCCGGAAUUAUUGACAAUACUGCAAGCCAAUGAUGUGGCGCUUGUGUGCGACGCAGGGACACCGGGUGUGAACGAUCCCGGACGAGCACUGGUGCAGAGUGCCUCAGACAAGGGCAUUGAGGUUGUGGUGAUUCCCGGCGCCUCUGCGGUAACUUCAGCGGUUGCAGUGUCCGGCCUUGUUGAAGAGGCAUUUUUCUAUCUCGGAUUUCUGCCGCGCAAGAAGGGCGAGCGCAAGGCUUUGCUGGCAUCCCUGGCGUUGGAAAAUCGCCCUACUAUUUCAUUUGAAUCGCCAAGGCGCCUCCAACAGUCCUUGAAAGACAUCCUUGAGACUAUUGGCGAUCGGCGCAUUGCCGUAUGCCGUGAGAUGACGAAACUACACGAAGAAGUCUUUCGCGGCACUGUUUCCGAGGCAAUUGAGCACUUUGAACAGCCUAGGGGCGAGUUCACGCUCGUAAUCGAAGGUAAGGCCACUGGUAAGCAGGACGACACUGAUGCUGAGGAAUUGGCAUUGUCUUUGCUGGACGGGCUGAGGGUGCAGGGCGCGGGCGCAAGACACGCGGUCGAGCAUGUAACCGCCGUCACCGGAUUGUCUCGUCGGCAGGUGUACCGAAUGUGGCUUGAUGGCAUUGCUUCAACUCACCAUUCCGGCACCCAAUAG